AUGGCAGCCACUGGCACCACCAAUGAGGGGACUUCUGCAUCUAACCUUCUCGCUACCCCCGUGCCUACCCCUACUGGUUCGACGCGAGGAGCUCGUUUUUGGCUCAUUUUUUUGGCCCUUGGAUUCUCGCUCUUUCUCUCCCCGCUGGAAUUGACAUCCACAUCAACGGCCUUGCCUUCUAUCAUUCAGGACCUCAAUGGCAACGACUUCAUCUGGAUCGCCUCUUCGUACACACUCACAUCAACAGCAAUCUUGCCGAUGAGUGGUGGACUGGCGGAGGUCUUCGGACGUCGCCCAGCAAUGAUUUUUGCGCUAAGUCUGUUCUCAAUCGGGAGCGCCCUCUGCGGUUCUGCACAGAAUAUGCCAUGGCUCAUAGCGGCGAGAGGCGUACAAGGAAUGGGAGGCGGAUGUAUUCUCUCCAUCACGAACAUCAUCAUAUCCGAUUUGGUGCCUUUGAAAGAAAGGGGUUUUAUCAGCGGCGUUCUUGGACUAAUUUGGGCCAUGGCAGCAGCUUUAGGUCCCAUCAUCGGCGGAGCUCUUGCUGAUGCAGGACAAUGGCGCUGGAUAUUUUAUCUCAACCUCCCCAUCUGCGGUGUGGCGCUUGUACUCGUUCUUCUUCUACUCAAUGUACCGACUCCGCCCGGCACUCUGAGCAGCAAGUUAGCUCGUCUGGACUGGGUCGGUAACACCAUCAUCGUUGGCAGCACAACUGCAUGCGUCAUUGCAUUAACAUGGGCCGGCGUUGUGUAUCCUUGGUCAUCCACCCGUGUGUUAGCGCCACUUAUUAUUGGUCUAUGUGGCCUGUGCUUUGCCGUAUCCUACGACGCACGCUAUGCCUCAAAUCCUCUCAUUCCAAUCUCUGUACUCUCGAACCGUACCACUUUAAGCGGAUAUGCCCAGACGUUUUUCAAUCCGGUCAUCACUCUCACCGCUAUAUAUUAUCUACCGACAUACUACCAAGCAUGCAAGGGUGCAUCUGCUAUCCGCUCUGGCGUUGAACUCUUUGGCCUCGUGAUGACGCUCGGUCCCGUCGUCAUCCUCACUGGCAUCAGCGUAACCAAGACGAACUCCUAUCGCUGGCAAUGUUGGGUCGGGUGGUCUCUUCUGCUGAUCUCUAUGGGUCUGCUCAGUACCCUACAUGCCGAUAGCACUACAGGAAAGGCAAUCGGAUAUCCUUCCCUUGUCGGCAUCGGUGGUGGUGUGGUGUACGCUGUCACAUAUUUCCCGGUCCUGGCGCCCCUGCCUGUUGGAGAAAGCGCCAAAGCGCUCGCCUUCUUUGCGUUCAGUCGCUCCUUUGCUGGAGUAUGGGGUGUGACUGUUGGCGGGACGAUCCUUCAAAAUGAAUUGAGCAAACAUCUACCUGCCAAUUAUAUCGACACUCUCCCGGACGGCGUUGCACUUAUCUACGGAUCCAUCUCCAGCAUUUCAAACCUUCCGGAACCAACAAGGACACAAGUUCGUCAAGCGUUUGGGAAUGGGAUAGCGACCAUUUGGAAGGUAAUGAUAGGUGUUGCCGGCGCAGGGUUUAUCUCGUGUAUCUUCAUGCAGGACGUGCCGAUGCAUAAGAAGACGGAUGAAAAGUGGGGAUUGGAAAAGAAGGAAGAAAGCAGGGAGCUUGAUACUGCGGAUAAAGAGGCUGGUGAGGCUAUGGUGUCUGACCGAGCUGGGCUGGGCGAUGAUUGA